AUGGUGCUGCCACUGUCUGUCAUUGUGGUGCUCAACCUGGUGCUGUUCUUGCUGACACUCAGGCGAAUCCACGAGGUGAAGAAACUGAAGCCACACUCGGACUCCAGACAGGAGACCCACCAGCACGUGUGGGUGUGCGCGCGCCUGUCGAUGCUUACCGGCGUCAUGUGGACGUUGUCGCUCCUGUCAGAAGGUCUUGAUCUGGACUGGCUGCGCGAUCGCAAAGAUUUGUACGUGGGAUUCCACUACUAUAUUGCGCUGGAGCUUGUAUUUAUUUUAGAGGCCAACAAGCAGCAAGAGGGCGUGUGUCGCAACCUGACCUGCCCGGCCGGCAAGUUGUUGGACGCGGAGAACAGCACGUGCAGCACGGCGCUGGCGAAUAUCCGGGGCCUGUUGUACAAGCUGAACAUCAACCUCGUUCCCAGCACGGAACUCGCCUGGAUUACAUCCAGGAAAGAAUCUUUAAUGGAGUUGAGGCUGCAACUUGAACGGCAACUCGAAAACAAGACUCAAAACUAUGCUUAUUGGUACAUUUUAUCGAUCACUUUAAACUUAUUUUUUUCUAGCAAUACAGAUCAGGCAAAGAUACUCAAAAUAAUGCUUACAGGGGACAUAACAGCGUCAAGAGAGAUAAAUAGGGACGCGGCAGAGGGUUUCUUGGUUCAGAAUCUUCUCAUUGAUCAUUGGAUUCUGGAGAGGUUAGAUUCUAAGGAGAAAGUAAUUCUCAUUCACCGCAUCGAUAUGGAAUCACUCCAGAACACCACCACAGCUGACGAGAAUGUGACUGUCUACAAGUAUGGGUAUGUCAGUGUGGAUCAUUAUGAGCUGGUAACCCAGUACGCAGCGCGAACGCGGCAAAUAAAGAUCUUAAGCGCACUGAUUAAAUCCCCGGUAACGAGCAAUGACGGCUCCGACGUUCGUGAAUACACUAAAAUUAAAGAUAACAUUUCAGAAUCAUUGAAAAUUAAAAUGAACCACUUGCUUUUAUGCGCCUAUGUCCAACUCUCGAGGGACGAAUUCAUGAUAAGGGAGGGGGCAAAUAACCAGAAAAGACUGGUCGUGGUUAGCGAACAUGAGGAGGCGGAGUUAGACAGUCUGUUGUACGUGAGGCUGGAGGACAACGAGGUGCUCAACGUGUGCAUAGAAACAUUAGAAGCUCUCAAAUAUGUCCCUAAGAUCAGGUCCUCCCCGCUGUGGCAACACCUCCUGUCCUGGAUCGCCAUCCCCAUGUCUAUUCUCUGCGUGGUCCUCACAUUCGUUGUCUACGCCUUACUUCCGGCUCUGCGCACACAGCCGGGGCUAAAUGUGAUGGGCACGUGCGCCGCUCUCUUCGUCGCGCAGGUGGCGCUGAUGCUGGCGUCAAACCUUCAGACCUCUGGAGUGUGGUGCCAGGCCCUGGGGAUCUUAGUUCACGAGGCUUGGCUGAGCGUCUUCUGCUGGAUGGUCGUGUGUUCCAUGCACAUGUUCCAGGUGUUCUCUGCCAAAACUCGCCACGAGUCCAGGUCGCUGAUCUGGGAAACCACGCAAAACAUCGCGGUGUCCAUCGCACUUCCGGCUGUCGUGGUGGCGCUAGUAGUCGCUGUCUCGUACGUGCAAUCGAAAGGAGAGUCUAUCGGCUACAGCAGCGAGUCUUGUUUCCUGAGCUCGCAGCUGCUGGUGGGAACGGCCAUGGUGCUGCCACUCUCUGUCAUUGUGGUGCUCAACCUGGUGCUGUUCUUGCUGACACUCAGGCGAAUCCACGAGGUGACGAAACUCAAGCCACACUCGGACUCCAGGCAGGAGACCCACCAGCACGUGUGGGUGUGCGCGCGCCUGUCGAUGCUUACCGGCGUCAUGUGGACGUUGUCGCUCCUGUCAGAAGGUCUUGAUCUGGACUGGCUGCGCGGUCUGUCCAUCCUAGCUAAUGGCGGGCAAGGAGUUCUUCUGUUAAUGUCAUACGUCACUACUCGGCGCGUGCGCAUGAUGCUGUGCGCACGUUUCGGGAACCGUGAUGACGUCACGUCUAACACAUUGUCGACAACCGACAACUUCUCGACAACCGUUGCGUCCACUAUUCACAGCUUGGAACAAAAACCGUAACCUGCACAGCACUUUCAGACUGUUGCUGUGGCAUCCAUAAACGGUAGCUCGAAUGAUGGUUUGUUUCAAUUCUAGUGGAAAAUAUGAUCGAGGCAAUAAAAUAGAUAAAGAAAUAAAACAAGCCAAAAAACACAAAACAAAACAAAACAAAAGGAUUAGGGGACUGAAAAACCUGCUUUGAUUAAUUAGGUGAAGUAAUGAUUGACUAAUAACGUCUGCUAAUCUUACUGUGAGAGAAUAGAGAAUAUCUUAGAAUAAAAAAGCCUAUUUACAAAUUGCUACUCUUAUGCAUAAAAGAAUUUUUUUUAUCUAAAUUUAAUAUUUAUAUAAAUAAUUAGUCAGGAUCUCUGUCAAAGUUUCAUAAGUGUUUGAAAUGUUAAUCUCUAUGUUACUGAGGUAAAUUUGUUUGUCUUCCGUCAUUCCUGUUAUAUUUAUGAAACUUUACAAUGUUUAUCUUCUUUGCUUUCUCGUUUGUCUUUAACUUCAGAUUUGAAAAGUUCAAAGCACAGACUGGUUACUUUCUUUUUUCAUUCACUGCUAAUGUUUAAACACGUUUACUGUUCUACAACAAGACAUUGCUAAUGUGUCAACAUUCUUACGCUAUCUACAGUCACGUGACUUGCUAGACCAGAUGCUAGCCUGGCUCUUUGUCGUUAGUUAUUACAGUGGUUUGUCAGACAGGGAGAGCAGGGGAGAGCAGGGGACAGUUUUUACCGGUAAGA